GUUGCCAGGCCAACGCCGCGGAGGAUGCUGGCAUCCCCUGCGCCGGGGCUGCAGCCGCAGCGUGGCAGGCAGCGCGCCCCAAAGCGAUCCAUGGGGCGCCCGCCACCGCCGCCAAGGCCGCAGCGCUGGGGAUCGACCCCCGGCUGCCUCCCCAACUCCAGCCCCCAAGCGGGGUGCAGCCCCUGGCCGGCCCUGCGGUAGCAUGGCCCACCAGGACGGCGAGCCAGGGCUGCAGCCACCGGUGCCCGUGGCCCCCGAACUGGAGUGUAAGAUCUGCUACAGCCGCUACGAUGCCCGCGCCCACCGACCCAAGCUGCUGUGCUGCGGCCACCGCCUCUGCGCCAAGUGCCUGCGCAAGAUGGUGGCACUGGGGGACGCGUCACCCCACCAGCUGCGCUGCCCCUUCUGCCGCCGGCACAGCCCGGUGCCCAGCGGGGACGUGCAGCGGCUGCAGGACGAUGGGGAAGCGCUGGCGCUGCUGACGAGCCGUGAGCGGGCCAAGAAGCGGGGUCCCUCCCGUUCCCCCGAAGUCCUCCUGUGCCCCAGUGUGCUGGAGCCCGCGGCCGGCCCCGAAUGCCUGGUCGUCACCAUCCUGGAGGUGCCGGAGGACGUGGCCCCGCCGGAGGGCCUGGGAGCGCUGGAAGUGGUGCGGCUGUACCGCCCCACCAGCCUUGGCGCGCUGCCCUGCCACGGCCCUGGGCACAAGUGCCGCGCCUGGGGCUGGCGCGCUGUGCCCCGCUUCAUCCUGGGUGUCCUCUGCCUCCUCUACUUCAGCUCCCUGCCCUUUGGCAUCUACCUCCUGCUCAUCGAGCACCAUGGCCUGGGCAUCAUCCUGGUCAGCCUCGUGCCCUCUACCCUCCUGCUCUGCAUCAUCUACAGCCUCUGCCAGUGUCUGUGCCGGGAGGUCUUCGGGUUCCCCCACUCCUGAUGCUGCAUGGCCAAGCCCUGUGCCUGCGCUGGGAGGAUUUGGGCACCCUGGAGCCCCUCGGGUAUGGGUGUUCCCUGGCCAACCCCCAGCAUGACGGCGUGCCCGGACCAUGGGGAGAAGCUCAGCACGUGUUGCCUUGCCUUGCAGAAGAGCGUGGGCUUUGCCAAGUUGGGAGCUCACGCCGGCGUGGCUGCAGGAGCUCGUAGCAGCCUACAAGCAUCGAGGCCAGACCCUCAGAUCCUCAUCCUCAUCCUUGCCAUCCUCCAUGGCAGACUAGGAGUGGGAGUUGGGCCAAGGGCAAAGCAGCAGCCGGGAGACAAAACCCAGCUAAGGCAGCGUGAGUGGUCAGCGCCUGGCGCCGUGGCUGGAGGGGCCCCGGCAGCGGCCGCAGCCCAGCGCUGGCAGAAGGACGGGCAGAGCCCGGGGGCUCCCGCAGCCGCACUGGCACCAGCACAGCUCCGUGUCCAUAGUGUAUAUACUUCUGUCCGUGGCAUCUGUGCUCCUGGCAGGGCCAUUCCCAUCGCAUCCGUGUUUCUUUCCCCCACAUGUGGUUCCCGUGUUCGCCGACGCAGUGUACGUACCAGGGAGGAGCGGGGCGGAGGAGUUUCUUGAUGUGUGAAGACAUCUUUGCCGCUGUUUUGUAGUCAUCGCGGUUUUUAUGCGGAGCCUCCGGGCUUUAUUUAACCUCCUGGGUUUUGUUUUGUAAGGAUUAAUUUAACACCGCUAACCAUUUUAUUACUUUUAUCAAGAAGAGCAAAAUCUAUUUUUGAUUUCUGUUUCCUAGUUCUUCGGAACAUUAAA